AUGACUGAAACCCAACCUUUUCAAUUUAAUAGCGUAUCUGCACCCUCAGCUAAUAAUUUGGCGACGCCGUCGAGAAGAGGACAUUCACAUAGAAGGUCAUUUGCCGUCUCAGGAGACUUUGAAUUCUUAAAACAACCUCCAACUGGGUUUUCUGGAACAAACUCUAGUUCAGUUCCACCUUUGCCAAGAUGUGUAUCUCCAGAACCUUCAAAUAACAAUAACCUGAAUAUUAAUAAAUUUAAUCCACAUGAUUAUGAGAAACCUAAUGAAGUGUCAUUUUCAAAUGUGUUAACUCCCAGAAAAAUCUCCAAUGAUAUAGCAUCGCCUAGUCCGAGAUUCUUUAUUAGUGAGGAACCUAGAUUUACAUCUCCAGUGAAAGGGGUUCCAGACGCUAUCAUCAAUUUAGAUGACGCUUUAAAGACUAAACCAAGAUCAUUUAAAUCACAUAGAAGAUCUGAAUCUGCUCCUGCAGAUUUGGAAGUAGCAAUAGAUUUCAAACAUGCGAGAUCUAUUCCAGAUUUUAGAAUUGAUGAAGAAGAAGAUGCUAUUGAGAAUCAGGAUAUUGAUGAUAAAGCCUCCAAUGAUUCCGAUAAUAAUAAUAAUAAUAAUAAUACUAGUGGAAUAGGUUCAAUGAUAGAGACACGUCCUAAUAAAAUUGGAGAACCAGCACCAUUUGGCCUUAUGUCACCUUUACGACCAUCAUCACCUGCAUUUAAGAAAAAUUAUCAAAUGAAUGAGACCACUAGUUCUCCAACAAAAUUAAUUUUCCAUCCCCAAAGUUCUGGAGUUUAUUCAAACGGCUCAAAGACUGAUCAAUAUAAUUCUUUAAAGAUCAAGAGACAAAAACAAAGAUACUAUCAUUAUACAAAACAACUACCGACAAACAACAUUACUGUUAAUACCCAAAAUCAGGCUCUUCAAGAAAAGAAAUCGGCUACAUCAUUAACCUCAGCCACUUCAAAGACUCCUGUAACAAUGGUAACAACUCCAUCUAAUGCUGUAAACUCCCCUGUAACCCCACUCUCCAAUAAAGAAUUUAACCCAACACCAAACAGUUGUAACAUUAUUAAUAAUUCUGUCAAAUCCACAGCUAGCAAUUUAAAUAUUGGUAGUUCUGAUGGAAGCACCUCUUUAAUCUCAAAUUCAAAUGAACAAAGAAGAGCCAGAAGCCCAGAUUUUUCAGUUCAUCAACAAAUGUAUCAUAAAUAUCCUACUUUAAGUAAUCAUGUUUCGAAUAAUCUGGGAUCUAAAUUUGUCAGACGUAAUAGUGGGCCCGCUGUACAAACUUCAUUUAAAUUUGAAAGUAAGAUUUAUGAUAUACCAUUAAACGACAAAUAUAAUGAUCCAUAUAAUGAAAAUGCAAUGGAAGAAUAUCCAAUGAACGAAAGAUCUGUAACACCGAAAUUUGGAGAACGUUCUAUAAUGAAACAGGACUACGAUCAACUGCAAAGAUCUGAAUCGCAUGAUACAAAUAAUUCGUUAGAUGAACCUAAUGGUAAUAUGACUCUAUCAAUGGAUAUAUUAAUGGGUGAACCUGGUGACACUGUCGAUCUUUCUAAUAAUGGUAGUGAAGAGAUUAUUGGCGGUCUUCAAAACAUCAGUAUACAAUCCCCAGAAAGACACUCUAGAGGUAUUAACUCCACUAGCAAAGUCUCUUUAUCAAAUCUCGAUAAAGUUGACAAAAAGAUCUCAAUGAAAAGUACGGAUGAUUUAAAAAUAACUGGUGAAACAAGAAGUGCAAGUGACAGUGUUAUGGAGAUUAAAUCCAAUAGAUUACAACAUAAUUCCAAUGCAAAAGUAAUGAACAAUGGUAUUAGUACAACAGUGGCUACCGGAAAGAAAAAACGGUCUAAAUUGAGUAUUUUUACGAACUUAUUUUCCAAAUAA